GUAAACUCAACAUUCUUUCCCUGUCAGCCUUGGCUGUAUGCCGCCACCAGACCUGCUCAUGAGAAGGAAACGAUUAUCAUACAACUCGGAGCUAUAUUAUCCACGCAAUGCAGAAAGCUGGACGACCACGUCGCCCCAGAGCACUUCCGGCGUGUGAAGUUUGCCGCGCUAGGAAGAACCGUUGUAGCGAGGACCAACCAUGCACUUAUUGCGUCGGUAAGCUGUGUCAGUGGUAUCCAGCCUAAACCCGCGUGGCUUACCAGCGUUUGCGCAGAGCGUGAGCUGGAGUGUAUCUAUUCGCGGAAUCAUGGCAAUAAAAGGAAAAGAACACGACCUACUUUACAAUUUGUACACCAUGUCCCUGCCACGAACUCGCCGCACUUCGCCCAGAUGCCCGUCUCGGGCAUCAUCGACUUUUCGCCAAAUGAUAUCAAUCAGACCUUGACCCUUGAUGAGCGACUGGGACCGCAGUCGCGCUCCAUGGCUGUCGGUCAGCCCCAGCAGCAAGGCGCGGCAUCAACGGAUGAAAACACCUGGACCACAUCUACACUGACGCCUCGACACACCGCAUCUGAAAUGGUGUAUACGAAUCUGCAUACAAGGAACCUCGAGUUCUAUGGCUCCGCCUCAUCCGUUGCAUUCCUCCGCCAUGUGGAAACAUUAUCAGAUUCUCAAAUCACCGAUCAUUUAGCUGGGCCACAGGAACGAUCGCUGACUUCGCUCUUGCACAACACCGACUUUCAGCCUGGUGCAUCACGUAGGAUGCCUAGUGCACCGCAAGACACCGAUCCGAACCCCGAUCGCUUUUAUUUCCGUGUGGCAAGGAGAUUCCUUGAUGCUUACUUUACAAACGUCCACUCCGUCCAGCCCUUGUUCGACGAAGAAGAGUUUCUCGCUCGUUGUGAAGAUCUGUGGUUCAACAGACCUGGCAAACAGCCUUCAUCCUUCGUCGCUCUCUACUAUGCCACUCUGAGUCUGGGCAGCCUUAUCAUGACGUUCGAGACCCCCGAAUUAUCCGGAGCAGAUCGAUUUACAUGGAGUCGCAAGCUGUUCAACGACGCACUUGCUAUCGUAACGCAACUUGGCACAACAACUGACAUAGACAUGGUUCAGUGUCUGUAUAUGAUGAGCAGAAUAUGCCAACACGAGCUCGAACCUCACGUCGCCUACUUAUACUCUGGUCAAGCAGCAAGAACCUCGUUGGCAAUCGGAAUCAAUCGCAAGUCCAUUAGUGAGGAUGCUGCUGACCCAAGACCCUCGAGAGCCGCAUCGAAAACGUGGUGGGCUGUCUAUUGUCUUGAUAUACAGACCAGCUUUGAUUUGGGUCGACCAGACAGCCUCGGUCCUGAUCAAUACCACACGCAACCUCUUCCCACUGCCACUCGAGCAGAACCAAUGAUAGGUCCCCACAUUCUGCAGAUUGUUCCGUGCACGGUUGGGCUGUCGCGACUUACACGGAAAGUGGCACUCGAUAUGUAUACUCAGCCGUGUGAACUCGACGAGAAGCUCCAACAGGCAAACGCCCUUGACGCUGAAUUACGGCAUUGGUUCGCACAGGUUCCGUCCUACCUUCGGUCUGAGCAGCCAAAUGGCUCGGACCUUGGCUUGAAACCCCGCCGCAUCGCCAACUACAUUAAAAAGCAGUCAGUGGUACUGCGAUUGCGUUACUCCAACCUUCGAAUGGUCAUUCAUGCUGCGUUCAUGCUUGAUGCGAGAAGAGCAGACGAAACUACCUUCCUUCGAGAAUGCCAGUGCAGGUGUAUCUCAUCCGCCGAAGAUGUGAUCGAUCUAAUAUACUCAACAUAUCGUACAGAUGACUACUUCCAAACCUGGUGGUACAACACGACCUAUACCUUAUAUGCCGUCAGUGUACUGCUCGCCGUGAUCUUUCGUCAGCUUGCGAGAACUCAGCCAGCACUCGAGAUCCUUUUCGCUCACAUUGACCGCGCCAUCUUGGUACUCGAAGCUAUGGACGAGUGUGUAGUGGCCAUAAAUGCAGCGGGCCUCAUCAAGCGAACACUCGUGCGAGCCAAGAAAGUACCUCAGCCGGCCCUGAUUGCACAGAGGUCCUCAUCAUCGCAGGACGCUGGCCUCAGUGAGACACUAGAUGCUGCCCUCAGCGUGAGGCACCAACCAGAAUCCGAGAAUGUUGACACAAUCUUACAAUCUCAUCCGAUUGAUGGUCUCGAUCUUGGUGAGACUACAGAUGAUAUUGACUGGCUAAACGCCUUUCCUUUCGAUGACAGCCAGCAGGCUUUGUUCUGGACAGAGUGGGCCCACGAAAUCAACACCAUGGCGUCUACACCACGUUACACCUGAACAUCAAUACCACCAACGACCUUCAAUCUACGCCCCUUUGCCUUCGACAUGUGCUGGCUGGUUGGCGAGCCGAACCAUACCUCGAAGUGCCAACGAAACCUCCCCGAUAAGGAAGUACGGGACAUCCGGCGGAUGUGUCCCAAAGUGGAAAGCCGACUCCCGGGCUGGCAGGAAGCAUUUGUCACGAUCCACACUUCAGGGUCUCAGCCUCGAGUCUCCGGACGAAAAUGUUUCGGAUCAAUCCUUUUGGUUUGACCGGCC